AUGCUCGACGCUGCGGAAUUUUUCAAAUCCGUCUCGAAGACCGCGGACGAAACGCUUCGUCUGACAAAUCAACGAGAUGAGGACCAGUUUUUCCGUGAGGAGAAGUGCAUACUGGCCUCCUACUACGCUGCAGUCAAAGAUGCCACUGCGGCCGCGGAUGCGGCCACGCGGGCAAGACGAGCGAUGGGGGAGAGUUUGUUGCGUGUAAAUUUGGCCCUAGACAACCUAGUUCCGAAAGAACGUCUGUGCACAUCGGAAUCAGACUUGGUCUCUGUGUUGAGCAGUUUUUUCGAAAGCUACCAGAAAACCCAAGUCCGUUUGGCCUCUGACGAGGAUCUCAAGUUUUCUGAUACCCUUCGCUACUACGCCAGCGAUGCUGGUGCAGCUAAGGACUUGCUGUAUCGCCGUAGCCGUGCACUGGCUGACUACGAGGCAGCAAAUCGCGCCCUGGACAAGGCCCGAGCCAAGACCAAAGAUGUUCAAGCAGCCGAGGAUGCCCAGUUCGCGGCAAACGACCGAUUCAAAGCUAUUUCAGACUCUGCUCGUCUGGGUAAGCGAACACCAAUGACCUACAUCAAACUGGCUCUGUUAGUUCUGUUUGUCAUCUGCAUGCAGUCUUGGCACGAACGAUGGGGCUCUUACGUUUGCUCAUUUAUCCUGUUUACCUAUUUCUUCUCAUUUAUCCCUUUGUCUCGGCUUUAA